AUGGCGUUCCAGCAGUCUCCUCUCCUCAAGUUCGAGGCCUCACCGGCCGAAUCCUUCCUCUCCGCUCCCGGCGACAACUUCUCAUCACUCUUCGCCGACUCUUCAUCAAUACCGUCCACGCUCAACCCCAAGGAGAUGAUGACCCCAGACUCCUUCGCCGACGACCGGCUCGACUCUCGUCUGUCUGCCAUCCCCGAGUCACCAGAGGCCGACAUGGAUGACAUGGACACCCCGGCCGCCGCAGAACACUCAUCGUCAGAAAAGAAGCCCGUCAAGAAGAGGAAAUCAUGGGGUCAGGUCCUUCCCGAGCCCAAGACCAACCUCCCUCCUAGAAAACGAGCCAAGACGGAAGAUGAAAAGGAACAGCGCCGCGUUGAGCGUGUUCUCCGGAACCGACGCGCUGCGCAGUCAUCGCGAGAGAGGAAGAGGCUCGAGGUUGAGGCUCUCGAGAAGCGCAACAAGGAGCUAGAGACGCUCCUCCACAACGCCCAAAAGACAAACCUGAUCCUGGUCGAGGAGCUCAACCGCUUCCGACGCAGCUCCGGUGUCGUCACCCGCUCAUCCUCUCCCCUCGACUCUCUCCAAGACAACAUUACACUAUCUCAACAACUAUUCGGCUCACAAGAUGGCCAAAACAUUACUACCGAACAGUCCUUGAUGGACCAGAUGAUGCGCUCCGCGGUCAACCCCACCGUGAACCCCGCCUCUCUCUCACCCGCACUCACCCCCAUCCCCGACAAGGAAUCCCCCCACGAAGAGGAGGAGCAAGAAGAGGAAGCUGAGGAGGAAGAGGGGGAGGAGGAGGAGAAGACCAUUGAACAGACCGUCUCCACUGAUUCGACACAACGUCCUGCAGAGAUGUUCCUCGGCUCUGCUUUCGGCCUGUCAACGGCCCUUGAUGCAGAUCGCUAUGUCCUCGAAAGCUCACUUCUCGCUUCUCCCAACUCCUCAACUCUUGACGACGAUUAUAUGGCUGGUGACUCUGCCACCUGCUUCACGAAUCCUCUCUCCGACUACGACUUCGACAUCAACGACUUCCUCACAGACGACGCAAACCACGCCGCCUAUGACAUUGUGGCAGCGCGCAACUAUGCCGCUGCGGACCACGAGCUCGACCUCGAGAUCCACGACCUUGAGACUCAAAUCUCUUCGGACUAUCCUAUCCAGCAGCCCCAGUCUGGCGCGUCCUCUCUUGGAUGCGACGAUGGAGGCAUUGCGGGAAGUCCUCCUCACCCUCUUGUGGGCCCUAAAAGUCGAGGAGCGGAGGAUUCGACACAAGCAGGCCGCGGCUCUCGAUCCCAAGAGAAGCGCCUCGGCAGACCAACAACGUCGACGACGUCGACAACGCAAUCACCAAUAUCAAAUUCCAUCGUUUUCCAAGUAGUUGGCUUCAUUUACGGAUUCUUUGUUUACUUUGAAAUGGGUUGGACAGACGGGGAUAGCCACACCAAGGGGGUGGGCUACGUCUAUGUACGGUUAUGGCGCAAAGCGAAAUGA